AUGCCUUUCUUCCCUCAAGCAUACCUAUCACCGGACAUUGGAUUCUUCCAGCUCCUAUCCGAGUUAGAUCAAGCCUCCCACCCUCAACACACGCAAAAGCAAGCACCAGGCUGCGCAACUCGCUGCCACCCACGCCAACAACAACAUGAAGAGACCUUCACCCCUCGCUUCGACGUAACCGAAACUGCAACCAGCUAUGAGAUCUUCGGUGAACUCCCAGGUCUCGAACAAAAGGACUUGAACAUCGAAUUCACAGAUGCACAAACAAUCGCCAUCAAGGGCAAGACAGUACGAGCUGGAACAUCCAUCCCUGAAGCAGAGACUGCACAAACACCAACCACACCCGUCGAAGCAGAGAAGGACAGCGAAACAUCCUCUGUGAAGUCGCAGUCUGCAACCGUCGAGGAUGACUACGAUGAAGCCGACACCCCUCUUUCUCCUACACCAGCCACCACCGCUACCGUCGCUGCACCAGCAGAGAAGAAAGCCGAAGCCCCCAAGCCGAAAUUCUGGGUCUCUGAACGCAAGGUUGGAAACUUUUCACGCAGCUUCUCUUUCUCUCACCGUAUUGAACAUGAUGGUGUUCAGGCUUCUUUGAAGAAUGGUAUCUUGCACGUUGUUGUGCCGAAGGUUACGAAGUCUGGAAGGAUCGCUGUUAAUGUAUAUAAGACUCUCUGA